UUUUUCUCUCUCUCUGUCUCUCUGUUUCUUUUUUUUUUCCUUCCCUCUUUUCACCGUCGCUUCAUUUGGAGACACGAGCGGAGCAGCGCAGCGAGGCCACGGACAAAAAAAAAUCUUCUAGAACAAAAAAACAAAACAAAAACAAGCUAAACAAAUUAAGGGGGAAAAAAACACGAUGUCCGAGCCGCGGUACCGAGAGUGGAUCCUGGAGACGAUCGACUCGUUGCGCUCGAGGAAAGCGCGCCCGGACCUCGAGAGGAUCUGCCGGAUGGUGCGCAGGAGGCACGGCUCCGACCCGGACCGCACGCGGGCCGAGCUCGAGAAGCUGAUCCAGGAGCAAACUGUGCUGAAAGUUAACUACAAGGGCUCCGUGUCGUACCGGAACGCCGCCAAAGUGCAGCGGAAAUGCCGGCGGAAGGUCGAGACGUGCACCAAGCACGCCGACGGCAUCAGCGCGGAGCGCGAGCCGUCACCCGGGAGCCGCACGCGCUCCGCUCAAGAGAAGCGUGGAGAGGAAGAGAAGGAAGAAGAGGGAGAGGGGGACGAAGACGAAGAGGAAGAAGAGGAAUCGGUUGUGUCUCCUGCGACAGACGGCUCAGGAGGAGGAGGAGGAGGAGAGACGCACGCGAGCAGCGAUUUGCGCGAGCCCGAGCGGCGAACUUGCGCGAGCGCUCGCAACAAUAAGCAGCAGCAACAACUCCGAGCUGCGAGGAGCGGCGGAACAGCAGGAGGGGACAGAGACAGAGACAGAGCGGAGGAUCUGGGUGACCGGCUCGUGGCGGCGGUGUGGAGUCUGAGCGAGCGGAACAGCCGGUCUCAGAACCACCAGAACCAGAACCACCAGCACGCGCCGCUCGGGCUCAGAGAGAUCCUGGGCUUCCUCGGCACGCAGGCCGGCGGCGCGCACACGGGCGCCGAGAAGCUGACCCGCAGCCGCGUCAAUGUGGUGCUCGAGCGCGAGAUCGAGCGGGGUCGCCUGCGCAGGACGCGCCUCGGUCACAUCUCCGCCGUGCCCGCGCGGAGGGGAGGAGGAGGAGGGGGGGCGGCCAAGGCGUCAGAGGCGUCCGCGCGACUCCCGGCGAGCACGAGCAGGAGCAGCAGCAGCAGCGGCGGCAGCGGCAGCGCGCCGCAGGACGGGCGCGUGUCACCGCAGGAACAAGUAAAGGAAGAGAAGGUGAUGGAGGUGAAGAGCGAGGAGGUUGACAAGAUGGACGAAGAAGCUGAACCCCCUAAAGAAAGCGAGCCCCAGAGCUCCAAACCUGAAGGGGAAGCAGAGGACAAAGUUCACACACCCGCUUCACUUUCAGCCGGCCUGAAGGUGAAGGAGUGUGAAGAUCCGCACACACCUCCGGUCACGGAGGAAGAGGAGCAGCUUCGGCUUUCACCGCUGCCCUCGCCAUCCAAACUGAGCUCCGGUCAUCAGGAACCUGAACAGGCUGGAACUGAAGUUGAAAUGGUGAUGGAGGGAGAGUCUCUUCACACAGAGAGUGUAACACAAGAUCAAAGGGAAGCCGUACCUGACCAAAUAGACACACUCACACAGGAUGAAGCGGUUGUCAUCUCAGACAGUGUGGCGAUUCCACCCUCUAUUCCCAUUAAAUCCUAUUCCGUGUGUAAGGCUGAAGUGGGCGUGUCCUCUUGUCUGCUGACUCCAUCUGCCUCGCCAGGAGCGGCGGAGGAACGAGGGAUGAAUGGAGGAGUUUUUGUAAAGUCGGAGACCAGCAUCACAAAUCCAGUCGACUGGACGGUGGCCGACGUCGCCAGUUAUUUCACAGCGGCGGGAUUUCCAGAGCAGGCUCUCGCUUUCAGGAUGCAGGAAAUCGACGGGAAAUCACUUCUCCUGAUGCAGCGGAAUGAUGUCCUGACCGGCCUGUCAAUCAGACUAGGCCCUGCCCUCAAGAUCUACGAGCGGCACGUAAAGGUUUUGCAGAGGACCCACUUCCAGGACGAUGAAGCUUUCUGCUGAGACAUAAACUUUCAGUUUCUAUAGCGUCCACACGCUCAGAUUUCUCUCUCUCCCUCUCUCUCUCGCACACAAUGGAGCUUAUUACAGAGAAACAAGCAUCUCACAUACACGCUCUCAUGCGCUCCCUUCUGGACUGUUUACAGUGGAGCAUUCCAGAUAUUUGUCUUAAAGAUGCUAGCACACACCACUCACAUUUGUUAUCGUCUCUUUCCAUUCCGGUGAGGAUGAAGCACAUCCAGUGAGGCAUGAAAACGCCCCAGAGACAUCACUGCACACUACGGAGGGACAAAAACAAAGGUGUCUUUUCAUUGAAGAUGGACUGAGAUUAUGGUGUGCAGCUCGGAUGGAUGUGAGUCCUUGGUUCUUGAACUUUGACACGGGAUCAAAUUCAACAGGCGAAGUCGCAGCCGCAUUAUCUGUCCAUUAGGGGGCAGCAGAUGGCGGGGAAAAAAUACAACACGUUAACACACAUUACCCAACAAGUUCGAAGUGUCAAGCACAUAUGGGUAUGAUGGUCAUGGGUGCACAUACUUUUGUACAUUUCUUAUGAGCUCAGGAGGGAAAUAAAAAUGUCUUUUGGUGGAUUCUAGAAUUGAAGACACACCAGUGAUAGGUUUCAUUUUUGAAACUUGGUCUUGCUUGGUUGGUGGUUGCACGGUUUUUUCGGACUUGGUCUAAAAACAGAUUGUGUGCACGGGAUUUCACACCGAUGCUAGAUGUGCUUAGUCGACUGAACAAGGUUUUUUUCCUUUUUUCGGGAGCAAGUGCUUGUCGUGAUCUUUUACAAUGUAUUGCUGAGUCACAGUUUUUGACCUACAUAGCUGUGGCACUGCCUCACGGUCUUCCCUAUGCUUUUGGCUAGGUGCUGUGUGCAGAACGUAUUCUAGAACCCUUCACCGUAGGUUCUGUACUCUAUCCCGGACAAUUAAACUUAUUACUGUAGUGUCUUCAAUUCUAGAAUCCUCCAAAAGGCUCUGGAUUCUGUCUAAGAUGAUAGGAAAUGUACAGUAUAUGGACAAAAGUAUGUGCACUUAUGACCAUCAUACCCAUAUGUGCUUGAUUUUAAACAUCUCCACUCUUCUGAGAGGGCUUCCUCUAGAUUUUGUAGCACAGCUCUAAGGAUGUGCGUUCGUUCAGAUACAAGAGCAUUGGUGAGACGCUGAUGUCGGGAUGUCAACGAGGCUCCAGUUCCAGUUCAUCACGCAGGUGUUCAGUGGGGUUCUGUACAGUCCGGGGCUCUGUGCAGGACACACCUUAACAAACCAUGUCUUCAUGGAGCUUGCUCGCUUUGUGCAAAAAAACAGGUUAGGAUAUUUUAGUUGCAGUAAACAUGAACUACAUCAUACAAACAGAUUGUGAUUGUGGUAACAGUUUUCUUUAAGAAUGAUAUGAUAUGAGUGUGAUGGUCAGACGGAGCACAUACUUUUGUCCAUAUUGCACAGUUUGCAAAAUUGAGCUCGAUUUAAAAAUGCAAAGCGCUGCUGUAGUGCUUAGUGUACUUUAACUUUCCAUUCAGAUCUGGAGUUUGUCGACGGAAUCACAUGGACUCGGAAGCGUCACUCCUGACUGUUGCGCUUUGUACAUAUGUAAAUGUGACCUGUUCGAAUAAUGAAUCAAUGACAAGCUCCUCACCAGCAAUUCCAUUCCUCACAAAACCUUUCACCACGCAUGGUAUUCAGAAAGCAUUUUCUAGUCAGAGUGCUGGUCGACAGUGUGUUUUCUAUGACCCUGGUCACUCUAACACACUGUGGAAUCAUAAUGUUGUACAGCCAACAACGGGAUUUGUGGAUUAAGCAAACUUCAGAUUUAUACUUGGAUUAAUGCAUCCUUUUCCAUUUAUGUCAACUGGCUUUUUGGCCAGCCAGGGUUACUUCAUGGUAGACCAAAAGUUUUUUGUUGUUGUUUGUUUGUUUGUUUUUUUACGAGCCACAAGUAACAUCGCGACAAGUUUGUUAUGGCUAAAAAAAUAAUUGCAGUUUUACUGUAACAUACUGUAGGUAUACACCAGGUUUGGGUCUGUAUAUGUGGUGAUGUCGGUGAUCUGACAUUUACAUACACCUGAUUCACCUCUAGUAGUGUUUGAAAUGAACAAAGCUGGACCAGAGAUGGACACACUGGUCAGUUUUAUUGACACGUCGAUAAUAUUAUUAUUUUUUUUUAAGUAUUUCAUUUAACAUUCCAUUAAGAGUCUUUGCUGAUAUAAAGGCUGGUUGUUACAUUCUGUUGAUGGAGCAUUUCACAAACUUUGAUAAAACUCUAAUAUGACUGAAAAACCCUAAAUACUAUUAAUAAACAAUAAUACCAUUGUUAAUAUUGUAGUUAACAUUUUCCCAUGAGACAAAGUUACUAAAGUAGCGACAUUAAACUGAAGCAGUUACUAAACUGAAGCGAUGUUACAGAGUAAUUAAUAGUAAAAGCGUGCAUUGUUCAUAAGUCACUUUAUAAAGUGAUCUGUGGAUAAAAUGUUGAUAAGGAAAUGCAAUAACAUCCUCAAUCGAUUCCUUCUGAGGAUUUCAGAAUGAUAGUGGGCAAUAUGGCGGACACGAUAAUAUCAUGAUAAUCGAAGGCUUUUUUACUUAUUGUAUGUAUAUAUUUCUUUUUUCUGAUUUUUCUAAAAUAGUUUUAAGAAAAGAACAAAUGUACAAAGGACUAAAAAAGUCUUUCGAAGAAAAAAAAUACCAGUUUGAUACUUCCUUUCAAGCAUUACAAUAAAGAGACUAGGUUUUAACGCUUAGCAUAAAAUGCAGACA